AUGAAUUUGUUUUAUGGAGAGAAAAUUGCAUUUUUACCAGUAUUGGAGUUUUUUUCAAAUUAUCAUAUAUCUUCAUCGUCAUCAACACGUGCAAUUCGCAAACGCAUUUCGCUCGAUAUUUCUGCUAACAGCAACACAAUUUGUUGCAUCAACAACACCAGACCAGAUUCCGCAAAGUACACCGGAGAUCUUGAUGGCAAUUUGUCGGUAUUAUUGUUUGUGCUUGGAAUAGAUUUGAGAGGUCAAAAUACUGGUUCUAAUUGGCUGGACGAUAAAAAGGGAAAAGCAAUGACGAAAUUAAUGAAGUCUAAGAUGUCAAAUCCGUUCUUAACUGGCUAUUUCUUAAAGAAGAUUUUACUUUUACAAGUGCUACUAGAAAGAAUCACUACUUCCUUAUUAAGAAACGAAAAGAUUGAUAAAAAUAUGGGAUCGAAUUUAUCGCGCUCAGUUUUCUCAACAUUAAGAAGAGAAAUAAAUGCUUCUAAUUCCUCGAUGAAUGAUAAUAUGCUUCUAAUUCCUCGAUGA